AAAUAUCUGCUCCCGCGCCCGGCGCGCCACAUUCUCUACGCUGUCCUCAUGGGGCGCGCUAACCUCACUCGAUAGUACCUUUACCAAAAAAUAUACAUUUUAUGUAUAUCACAAACCAGUAAUUUGGGACCAAGUGAUAAGUGAUACGAACUGACGGCAACGUAGUAAUUCCACCAUGGAGGACGCUCACUCGAAAUCCGUGGAUGAAGUCUUAGGAUAUUUUGGAACAGAUCCAGACAAAGGCCUUAGUCCAGACCAAAUCAAAAGGAACCAAGAGAAAUAUGGCCCAAAUGAACUGCCUGCUGAAGAAGGCAAAAGUAUAUGGCAGUUAGUCCUGGAACAAUUUGAUGACCUCUUAGUGAAGAUUUUGUUGUUAGCCGCUAUUAUAUCUUUCGUUUUAGCUUUAUUUGAAGAACAUGAAGACGCUUUCUCCGCGUUUGUAGAACCCUUCGUUAUUUUACUAAUUCUUAUUGCUAACGCUGUAGUAGGAGUAUGGCAGGAAAGAAAUGCCGAAUCCGCCAUCGAAGCUUUAAAGGAAUACGAACCUGAAAUGGGUAAAGUCAUAAGAGGAGAUAAGUCAGGCGUACAGAAAAUUCGAGCGAAAGAAAUAGUUCCCGGUGACAUCGUAGAGGUGUCCGUCGGUGACAAAAUUCCCGCCGAUAUCCGCCUAAUUAAGAUUUACUCCACCACGAUCCGUAUUGACCAGUCUAUCCUGACUGGUGAGUCCGUUUCCGUUAUCAAGCACACCGAUGCCAUUCCCGACCCCCGCGCUGUCAAUCAGGACAAAAAGAACAUUCUCUUUUCUGGUACCAACGUCGCCGCCGGCAAAGCCCGUGGUAUUGUCAUUGGAACUGGACUUAACACUGCCAUCGGUAAAAUCCGUACAGAAAUGUCCGAGACUGAGGAGAUCAAGACACCCCUGCAACAAAAACUCGAUGAGUUCGGUGAGCAGCUGUCUAAAGUAAUCUCUGUUAUUUGCGUUGCCGUAUGGGCUAUAAACAUUGGCCAUUUCAAUGAUCCCGCUCACGGUGGAAGCUGGAUCAAGGGCGCUGUCUACUAUUUCAAGAUCGCCGUCGCUCUGGCUGUCGCUGCUAUUCCUGAAGGUUUGCCCGCUGUAAUUACCACUUGUCUCGCUUUGGGUACCAGGAGAAUGGCCAAGAAGAACGCUAUUGUCAGGUCACUGCCCUCUGUAGAAACUCUUGGUUGCACCUCCGUUAUUUGCUCUGAUAAGACCGGCACCUUGACAACCAAUCAGAUGUCUGUUUCUCGUAUGUUCAUCUUCGAGAAGAUUGAAGCUGGUGACAGCAACUUCUUGGAAUUCGAAAUCACUGGCUCUACUUAUGAACCUAUUGGCGACGUUUACCUAAAAGGACAAAAAGUUAAAUCUUCUGAAUUUGACGCACUUCACGAAUUGGGCACCAUUUGCGUUAUGUGUAACGACUCCGCUAUUGAUUUCAACGAAUUCAAACAGGCUUUUGAAAAAGUCGGUGAAGCUACUGAAACCGCCCUCAUUGUGCUUGCUGAGAAAAUGAAUCCCUUCAAUGUUCCCAAAACCGGUCUUGACCGCCGCUCUUCCGCCAUUGUUGUGCGCCAGGAGAUUGAGACAAAGUGGAAGAAAGAAUUCACACUGGAGUUCUCACGUGACAGGAAAUCUAUGUCCACUUACUGCACACCCCUUAAGCCUUCCCGUCUUGGCAAUGGUCCCAAACUGUUCGUUAAGGGCGCACCUGAAGGUGUGUUGGAGCGUUGCAGCCAUGCUCGCGUUGGUACUACCAAGGUACCUCUUAACUCGACACUUAAGAACCGCAUUCUUGACCUGACCCGCCAAUAUGGUACUGGCCGCGACACAUUGCGUUGCUUGGCCCUGGCUACUGCUGACAAUCCUUUGAAACCCGACGAAAUGGACCUUGGUGACUCUACCAAAUUCUACACUUAUGAAGUUAACCUUACCUUCGUGGGAGUCGUAGGCAUGUUGGACCCUCCCCGUAAAGAAGUAUUCGACUCAAUCGUCCGUUGUCGCGCUGCUGGCAUCCGAGUAAUCGUUAUCACUGGCGACAACAAGGCUACCGCUGAGGCUAUCUGCAGGCGUAUUGGCGUCUUCACUGAAGAUGAGGAUACAACUGGCAAAUCUUACUCCGGUCGUGAGUUUGACGACCUGCCCGUAGCUGAACAACGUGGUGCUUGCGCUAAGGCUCGUCUCUUCUCCCGUGUGGAACCUGCUCAUAAGUCCAAGAUAGUUGAAUUCCUGCAAAGCAUGAAUGAAAUCUCUGCUAUGACUGGCGACGGUGUGAACGAUGCUCCUGCUCUCAAGAAGGCCGAAAUCGGUAUCGCCAUGGGCUCUGGUACUGCCGUCGCUAAGUCUGCCGCGGAAAUGGUUCUUGCUGAUGACAACUUCUCAUCUAUUGUCGCCGCUGUUGAGGAAGGUCGUGCUAUCUACAACAACAUGAAGCAAUUCAUCCGUUACCUGAUCUCAUCCAACAUUGGUGAAGUCGUGUCCAUCUUUUUGACUGCCGCUCUGGGUCUCCCUGAAGCUCUUAUUCCCGUCCAACUUCUAUGGGUCAACUUGGUCACUGACGGCUUACCAGCCACUGCCCUCGGUUUCAACCCACCUGAUCUUGACAUCAUGGACAAACCUCCCCGCAAGGCUGACGAAGGUCUCAUUUCUGGAUGGCUGUUCUUCAGAUAUAUGGCUAUCGGUGGAUACGUCGGCGCGGCAACUGUUGGCGCUGCCUCUUGGUGGUUCAUGUACUCUCCUUACGGACCUCAGAUGACAUACUGGCAACUCACUCACCAUCUGCAGUGCCUCAGCGGCGGUGAUGAGUUCAAGGGAAUCGACUGCAAGAUCUUCACUGACCCUCACCCUAUGACCAUGGCUCUGUCUGUACUUGUCACCAUUGAGAUGUUGAACGCCAUGAACAGCUUAUCAGAGAACCAGUCGCUCAUUACAAUGCCACCCUGGUCCAACCUGUGGCUUGUCGGCUCCAUGGCCCUCUCAUUCACACUCCACUUUGUCAUUCUGUAUGUCGAGGUGCUCUCGACUGUAUUCCAAGUAACGCCUCUAUCGGUCGACGAAUGGGUGACUGUGAUGAAGUUCUCUAUCCCCGUGGUGCUGCUCGACGAGGUGCUCAAGUUCGUCGCGCGCAAGAUCUCCGACGGUGAGAAGCGCUCUCUGCUAGACUGGCUCCACGGCAUGCAAUGGAUUGUGCUCAUGUGGGCCGUCUUCUUUGGCAUCAUCAUCUACGGACCCCUAUAAGCCGGCCCGCCCUGUGCCGUGCCACCAUCCCGUUUGAUUCACACCUAAUACCCUCCAACCGAAUUGUGCGCUGCCUACAUAAUCUCCACUUUGUAGUUCAACUAUUAUUUUUUUGUUUAUUAUAAUCUAUUUGUUCAAUGUAGGUAGCGCAUUGAAUUCAACUGUGGAAAAGUAUGGACGAUGAGCUCAGCUCACCACAGUACAUCAAUCUAACAGUUUUGGAAUGCUAAUCCUGACGCACAGCGUGUGUGAAGUGACGCCCUCUAGUGCACGAGUGCACCCACCCGGUGUUGGACAGCGAGGACGUCGCUAGUGACUGUGACAAACAGUGAUCCGUGAACACAGAUGCUCAUUGAACUAUGGCGGUGCUAACAGCUCGAAUACGUUCCCUGUUACGAUCGCGCUCACUAUGGGCGCCAUUUGAGAAGCGUACUGGCUACGAAUUUGUAGUGUUUCUGUAUUUCUUAGGAAUAUAUCUAUAUGAGACGAGCCAGCGAGGCCGCUACGCGGUCUCGGGCCUACUCGUGUGAUUUUGCAUUUUAUAUGUGCGAGACAAUAAUUGUUUGGAGCUCGUUUACAAAAGAAGUCGUAUUGAGGUUCAGCAAUUUUAGUUUUAUCUAUGUUUACUCUGUACCUAUUUUGCUAAAAGUGAAGUGGCUGUGAAGACCUUCAUUGUAAAUGCUAACAAGGAACACCAAAAAUUGGGUUAACUCAUUUA